AUGACGCGUGAAUUGAUCUUCAUCACCGGUGCAACAGGCUUCAUUGGCAGUGUCACCGCCAUCGCAGCACUCAAAGCAGGAUACCAUUUGCGGAUCUGUCUUCGAAAGCCCUCCGACAGGCUACAGGCUCUGCUGUCGGGAUAUAGCGAACAAGUGGCAUUCGUUACGGUUCCUGAUUUGACAGAGCCAGCAGCAUUCAAAGGAGAGCUGGACGGAGCUGACUAUGUCAUCCAUCUUGCACAUCCUCUCCCCAGUGGAACAGAUAAGGAGUACUAUUUCACCCCAGCUGUGAAAACAACGACCGCCUUGCUCAAAGAGGCUGCUCGAGUGCCCAGCAUCAAGAAAGUUGUGAUAACCUCAUCGAUUGCAGCCCUGAUGCCACUUGACGGAAUACCGCCCGGUAGCGUCGUUAAAGAGGACAAUGACUGGGACUUUGAUAUAGAUGAAAUGGAAGACUUCAAAGCCUCCAAUGACCCACGAGGAAUACCCAUGCGGCUGUACCAUGCAUCUAAAUUGCUUGCCAACAGAACCGCAUGUGAGUUCCGCAAAAUCGAAAAGCCGCACUAUGCCUUGGUAACGCUCCAUCCUGUGUUUGUGUAUGGACCAAACCCCCUACAGACAGCUGCCGAGGAGAUUGAGGAAUCCUCAAACGGACUUCUCUGGUAUGCUAUAAUGACAGGCACCCCUCAUCAUUCUUAUUCCCAGGUUCCCGGUGUGCAUAUUGACGAUGUCGUCGAUGCACACCUCAAGGCCCUGGAUCCAGCCAUCCCGGACGGGUCGAGGUAUCUGCUUUCGGGGAAGGGCACGACCUGGAAAGAAGUAGCGGAUAUCAUUCAGCAGAACUAUCCAAGCCUUGGGGCACAGAUCACCCCACACAUUGAGGAAGAGUUCCUCUCAACGGACAGUAGCAAAGCAGAAACAGAGUUGGGGAUUGAAUGGCGCUCUUGGGGCCAGAUGGUGCGGGAUGUGGUGGACCAACAACUAUCAUUUGUGAAAGGCUGA